UUUAAAUUUGAAUUUUUUUACUACUAUAUGUAUACAGGGAAUGCCACUGAAUCCCAAGCCAUUUUUAAAUGGACUCACUGGAAAGCCUGUGAUGGUUCGUCUCAAAUGGGGAAUGGAGUACAAGGGCUACUUAGUAUCUGUUGAUGGUUACAUGAAUGUUCAGCUUGCAAGUACAGAGGAAUACAUUGAUGGAACAUUUACAGGAAAUCUUGGCGAAGUACUAAUCAGUACUGGUCUGGAAGAAAUUGCAUGGUUGUCCUCUGGUGGGCCGCCUGGUUUGACUUGGGCCAAACCUUGUAAAGAGUCACAGAGGUGUAACAAUGUAAUGUACAUCCGAGGUGUGGAAGAAGAAGAAGAGGAUGGAGAAAUGAGGGAAUAACAGCAGUACAAUGAUGAACCUUCAAUGGACAAUAACUAUGUAUAUUUUGUGUAUAUUUGUAAUAAUCAUCCAAUAACUGGUUUACAUCCUGGAAAGUUCAUGGAAUGUUCUACAAAAGAAACUAAUAGAUGGUGCCUUUUCCUGGUUGGUAGUCAUAUGAGAUGUUCCAUGCAGAACCAGUUCAUGGUCAAAAUGGUGAAAACACUGGGAAGUAUGCCUAUUUUUCGUGGUAUUGUGCCACAAUUGUGAUUUUCCUUCAACAUAUUUUCUCCUUUUGUCUCGACAUACUCAGACGUACAAGUUUGAAAUGUUUGAUGUUAUUUAUUAUCUUAAAUAGUAAUAUUUGGCUUGUAUCCACAAUGGUCUAAUGCUCAGACUGUCCAACACCAUCAUGGCAAAAUCCUCUUGGUCUACUAUCAAUUUUGGCAAAUAUCAUUUGGUCAAAUAAAUUUUAGUUUAUUAACAGUUCAUCUAAUGGUAUAGACUAAGUGGUGUUAGACCAAGUUGAUAUUAGACAAAAUGAAUACAGCCUGUCUGGAAACAAGACAAAAUGAUAAUUGAUUAGAACAAAUGUUUAAUAGUUAAACUAAUGAACAAUUUUUAAACUAGUUGUGAUGAGACUAAAAACACAGUACACAAAGUGGAUAUAGACGAAGUGUCAAUUUUCCAAUAUCUUUUUGUUUGAUCAUGUAUUUCCAUGUGUUUGGACAUGGGACGAAUAUUAUUCAUGUAAACUGAAGAUGAAUAGGAGUCCAUUUUUUUUCAGUUUCACUGAUUAUAAGAUCACCCGGGACUUCUUCAUAUUGUCUUGUCUAUUGCAAAGAUAUUUUUACUCAAUUAUGGUUGCAUUUGAUUUAUACAAAAGAUUACAACUAAUUUUAAAGGGAGGAUAGAAUAUAGAUAGUACAUGUACUUUUAGUUCUUCUGCAGAAUAUUUGAUUUAACUUUUCUGGGAAAUAUUGUAUAUUAUUGAGUUGGAAAUACAUGAGGGUGACUGGUGAUUUUGCCCUCAUGACAACCCAAAUCGCUCCUAAAACUCCCCAAAAGUCCUCAAAAUGUGUGCUUCGAGAAGGAGCAAUAGCUCAGGCGGUAGAGCAGGGGUUUCGGAUUCUGGUGACCUGGGUUUAGAUUCCCACUAAGUACGCUAGUGCCCUUUGGUAUUUAAAAAAAGCAUUAGUCCUUAAGCCGUUGGUCCUCUGGUUGCUUGCUUACAAGCAUUCAUGCUUUCUUAGUAAUCAGGUAAAAAAAAUAUCACCACCACCACCAUUUUUACAAGAGCUUCCAAAAUUCUGCAAAGGGACCAUUCUAAUUGAUGAUAAUUUUUUACCCUCUUCGUCAAUUCCAAGUGGCAUAACUGAAUAUUGGAGCAUUGGAGGCAAACAGUGAAAAGUGAUGUACAGGCCUUUGAAUAAGUCAUGUUGAGGUGUUAUUUUGUAUGUUGAAUGUGUUAUGCACUGCUGCAUGGCAAUCUCGACUGUUUUCUUCAUUAUAAAAGGAAAUUCUGUUAUUUUUAGGGAUUGAUUAAGUAAAUGUUGAUUGUUUUUUGUAGUCGUGUCUAGUCAUUUUGUAAAAUUUUUCCGACCAAGAGGAGGUUUUAAAUAAACCAUUUUUAUAAAGAA